AUGUGGAGCACUGAAUUUGUUGCAAGAGCGUAUUCUCUCAUGGGCCAGUGGCGGGAUUCAGAAGCGCUGCACGUCAAAAUAAUCGACAUUUGCAAUCAAAAACUUGGACCCGAGGACACAGUCACCCUCUUUUUCAUGGCUGCAUUGGCAUUAAACUACAGGAAGGAAGGGAAGCUGAAAGAUGCCGAAGCGCUGCAGCUAAAGGUAUUUGAGGUCGAGAUGCGAAAACUUGGAAGAGAGAACAAUUUUCACACGCUCCAAACCAUGGAUGAACUAUCCGCGAUAUACUACCGCCAGGGCCGAUGGCAGGAGGGUGGACAUAUGCACUUGCUAGUGCAGAGGAACCAUCGGAUUCUUGGGAAAGAAAAUCCCAAGUACUUUGACACUGAUGACGGAUUUGACAUUGUCAUACUUGCAACAAGGCCAAUUACAAGUCGCGGAAACGUUACAAACGGAAUGUCUCCAUACGAGCAAGCGUGUUCUUGGCGAGGAACAUCCUGA